AUGCUCUGUACGCGGGAGUGUUUCGUUUUCUUUGCAACGCUCGUUUUCGCGAGAUUGUCUUCGCAAUGUUCGAACUACGGGUAUCCUUUCGAAAACCACCUAUCCACGCUCACGCCUUACAGAUUGGUGGGAAACAAGAGCUUCGAAAGGAUCCAUUACGAAGGUUGUGUUCCGCAGAAAAUAUGGCUGCUUAUUCGACACGGUACGAGGUAUCCGAAAUAUUCCGCCAUCGAACAAAUGAACUCGAGGUUGCCGGACAUUAAGGAUCUUAUAAUUGAUUCAGGCGGAGUACCCAAUGAAUUCGUAAAAAACCGAGACUUCGAUUUGCUGAAAAAAUGGAAGUUGAAUUUGGAAACUGAUAAAAACAACAAGCUCACGCAAGAAGGCGAUGAAGAGAUGUUGAUCUUGGCCGAACGAAUGCAAAGCAGAUUUCCUCUUCUAUUCGAUGAUGUCUACAGCAACACAUCGUACAAAUUCAAGCACACGCACUCGCAGAGAACGAAGAGAAGCGCUUAUUAUUUCGCAGCCGGUUUGUUUGGAAAAAACACUGCAAAAGACGUCUGGUUUCCGGACCCGCUGAAAAAGGACCCGAUUCUACGGUUCUAUAAAUUGUGCGAUCGUUGGAACAUCGAAGUGAAGAAAAACCCCAGUGCCCAAGAGGAAGGUAGGAUAUUCGAAAACGGACCAGAAAUAUCUGAAGUAGUCGAAGAAGUAAACAGGAGGUUGAAUUUGAAAGAAAAUCGGUUAAAUUUAGGCGACGUGAAAUUAAUCUAUGACAUGUGUUCGUUCGAGACUGCCUGGAACAAGCUGAGCAAAUCGCCUUGGUGUUCGAUACUUUCGCACGAGACCAUCAGAGUCCUGGAAUACGCGAAAGACUUGAGGUAUUAUUGGCAGGAUGGAUACGGGCACGAAUUGACCUACAAACAAGCAUGUCCUGCCUUCAAGGAUAUGUUCAAUUUCCUGCAAAAUAAAAAUCGAUUUCCCAGAGUGAAUGCUUACUUCACUCAUUCGGGGACUAUGUUGAAGUUACUAGCCCAUUUGGGAUUGUACAAGGACGACGAGCAUUUGACUGCGAAAAACUACGAUAGCAUGGGAAAUAGACUGUGGAGGACGAGUUUAAUAGAUGCAUUUGGUUCGAAUGUAGCUUUCAUCAGUUUCGGAUGCGGUUCUGAAAAUAAGGUUCUCGCCAUGCAUCAGGAGAACAUCGUUCGGUUACCGGCAUGCCCGGAUUCGGAUUUGUGCGAUAUAAAUUCGAUCAGAGACUACUACUAUCAAAGCCUGAGUAGCUGUGAUUUUUCAUCGAUGUGUCGCAUUAAGUGA